AUGGAGGAAAAUCAAGCUUUUCCAAAAGUCGAUGUACACUAUAAUGGUACUUUUGUGCCUAAUCCGUUAGUGUAUUUUGCUCCACAAGUACUACGUCUUAAUGAAGAUGCAAACGAGUUUGGUUUCUCCGAUUUCAUCAAAUAUGUUGAGAAGCUUAUCGAUUUUCAGUGCAAGCAUGUGUAUUACUGUAUACCUGAAAAAGAAGAACCAGACGAUGAAGAACUUGUGUAUUCAGAAGAAGAUGUCGACUCUGUUUUGGCAGAUGAUGAGAACUGUGAACAUGAAGAGGAUGAAUGUGUUACAUUAAGCAAAAGAUUCUUCAAAAGAACCUAUAAUGAUAAGUUUUUGAACAAGUUAUGUCCAGUAGUUGUUGAAGAUGAAUAUGAAAAAGGCAAUGAACUUCCAGCUGUCUACCCUAGGCAUGAUGCUACUCAGGAAUGGAGGAAGAUGAAGCCUGAACUAGGUAUGAGAUUCUCUUCUCCUGAAGAACUUAAGUCAUCUCUCAGUAACUAUGCAGUUGCACAUGGAGUACCUAUCAACCAAUAUCCCUGUGAAUCAAGAGCAUGGUGCCUAGGAGACUUGGUGUUAGAGCAAGGAAGCCUUCAGAGAGAAUCAACAAGGUACAAAUCAGGAAGCAGGUUUUCCGAAAGGAUGGCAAAGGAGUGA